AGCACCAAAAACCGCCGUUUUGACUUCGCAAUGGACAAACAAACUCUAGCAGCCGUUCUACAGUUUUUACGGAAAAACAACUUAGCGGAAACCGAGGAGUUACUCAAGAAGGAAGCUAACGUAGAGGAUACCGAUGAAGGAGUGGGUACCAGUACUGAUCAAGAUGUCUCCUCAGUUUUAUCCGCCUAUAACAGCGAUGGGGAUCCUUGCCUAUAUGAAGAAUUUUACCGCGGUUUACAGAACCUUGUAGAAUCCUCACUUGACUCCAGCAAGAGUGAACUUUCCCAGGUCUUGUAUCCUGUCUUCAUUCAUAUGUAUUUGGAGCUUGUCUACAAUGGCCAUGAAAACCAAGCCAAGAAAUUCUUUGCUGCCUUCAGUGAGGACCAGGAGGAACAUCAUCAAGAAGAUCUGACUCAACUUGCAACUGUAGCCAAGAAAGAGCAUAUGAUACACAAUGAACUCAUGAUGAAUUACAGGACCAGUAAGUACGUGAUUCGGAUGUGUAGAAACUCCUACCAAACAUUGAAGAAACAACUGAAUGAUAAACAGAUUACUAUGGUACUCAUUAUAGUAGAGGAACAUCUCUUUAUUGAUGUUUUUGAUGGAGUUCCACGGAACAAGCAGCAAAUAGAGGCUACUGCAGGAGGCAUGGUUGGAGAAGCGAGAAGAGAUGCCAAUAAAGGAAGGGUUUAUUACGGCUUACUGAAAGAACCCGAGAUCGCUCUUCCUAUAGAAGAAGACGAAGAAGGAGGAGAGGAGGGAGAUAAACCAAAGAGAAAGAGACCUAAGAAAGAUUCAAGUGCCAGCAAGAAGAACAAACCAGAUCCAAACGCCCCACCGGCCAACAGAAUACCUCUUCUUGAUUUGAAAGACUCAGACAAGAUUGACCGUGCUAUUGCUCUGAGGGAGUUAUCCAAAAGGAUAAGACUUGGCCCCGACUGCCUGCCAUCCAUCUGCUUCUACACGUUCCUCAAUGCAUACCAAGGUUUAAUAUCCGUAGAUAUCAGUGAUGACUCUAGUCUGAUGGUGGCUGGUUUUGCUGAUUCUUGUAUCCGUGUCUGGGCAUUGACCCAGAGGAAACUACGUAAUAUGAAGUCUGGUAGUGAUCUUGCUCUAAUUGACAAGGAGGCUGAUGACAUCAUGGAGAGGAUUAUGGAUGAUAGGACAUCAUCAGAUUGUCGUACAUUACACGGUCACAGCGGUUCAGUCUAUUCAGUUAGUAUUAGCCCUGAUAGAACCUACAUUGUAUCAGGGUCUGAAGAUGGUACUGUCAGGGUGUGGAGUCUGUACACAUUUACUAAUCUAGUCUGUUAUAAAGGACACAACUACCCCGUCUGGGACGUCCAGUUUGGCCCAUAUGGUCAUUACUUUGUGUCUGGUGGUAAGGAUAGGACAGCAAGGCUUUGGUCAACAGAAAACUACCAACCACUCCGUUUACUUGCAGGUCACUUCUCAGAUAUAGAUUGUGUUAAAUUUCAUCCCAACUCCAACUACGUUGCUACUGGUUCAAGCGAUAGGACUAUUCGUUUAUGGGACGUACAGAAUGGAAAGUGCGUUCGAAUCAUGACUGGACACAAGGGGCAGAUACAGAUCCUGUGUUUCUCUCCGAAUGGUCACUAUCUUGCUUCAGGAGGUGCCGAUGCUAGAGUUCUGAUAUGGGAGCUAAGACAUGGUCACCUAGUAGCUGAACUUACUGAACAUACAGACACUGUCUACGCUCUGGCAUUCUGCAGGGAUGGUAGCGUACUUGCAUCAGGUGGUAUUGAUCACUGCAUAAAGCUAUGGGAUGCUAAGAAAGUAGCUACAGAAGUAGAGGCUGAAGACAUGACCACAACACCUCAUAUAGUACAAUCAGAAAAGAGUAAGUUGUUACUGGGUUCUUAUCCAACCAAGGCCACAGCUGUACACUAUCUUCACUUUACAAGACGGAACUUACUCCUGGCUGCUGGUUCUUAUACAACUGUCUCCAGUUAACAACAUAAAUGCAGGCUUUGAAAUAACCCACUGCACCCGCACGAACUGCUGUGGUGCCCUGUACUUUUGCCAGGGUGCCCUUUGCAAACUUUCAGUACAACUUGUAAUUUUCUCAUAGAAGUACUCUUAUAAGAGGAAAAUUGCUGUGCCCCCUCAAGAGGGAAGUUCAAGGCUUGUAAAUGCCCUCUGGGUUUGGAUUCUUACCACUUAAUGUUGGAUGACGUGUUGUUUUGCAAAUUGUCUUCGAGCAGACUUGCAGCAGACGGUCGUAAGGUCUGGAUUUUUGUGGACAGCGAGAGGGCUGACGUUUAUUUCCCAGUGUGUAGAGUUCAAAGGCAUGUACCUGCCAUGAUACACUGAGUUUCAUCCAAACAGUGAGGGAUAACAGGUUCUGGAAAACAUGCCUUGUAAAAUCCCUUUCUCAGGGGAGGGGGUAUUGUUUAACCCGGAGAUGAGAGUCACUGCUGACAGUUUGAAAUUUGGAUCAAGAUCUUAGGAUGUAUAUUGAAAUGAUGGCAUGUCCACCUUUUGGUAACCCCUGGAGUUUAAGGCAUGUAAGGCCUAUUUCGAAACUACGGCUUCAGCUUUGGAUUCGGCUUGAGCUCCGUUCCUUUGUCUGAAACCCUGGGCGCGUAUACGCAAAGCACGCGCAAUUGUCAAAACAGCCGCGGGGCCAGGCUAGCCUGAGCAGAAUCCAAAACCAAAUCCAGUCCGUUUUGGAAAGGGCCAUAGAUUCAAAGGAGCUUUUGACAAAGAGUCAGACUUAAUUAGAAGAAAAAAUACAUAUCUUUUUUUUUGCAGGCAGACUUUAAAAAGUCUGAAUUCAGAUGAAAGUAUCAAAUUCCUCAUCCCUGGUACCCCAGACCUUUGCCUGUGGUUUUUGGUUGUUGUCAUUACACUGGAUCAAUAGGAGUAAAGUCUGAGCGUACUGAAAUUCCA